AAAACACAUAAAUUCCUAGAUUUUCUGGCAUGUCUGAAAGUCCCCUUCGACAAAUAUCGCUAUCCCUCAGUAUUUUACUGCCAAACUCAGUCGUAGAAGUAUAAAUUAUCAUCUGUGUUACAAUAAUGACACGUAUCACUGAAAGCCUUAUCAGGAAGAGAGCGGAACACAACAAUUGUGAGAUCUCAACAUUAGAGGAAGUCUCGUUGCAUCAACAAGACAUUGAUAGAAUUGAAAACAUUGAUAGAUGGUGCAGAGAAUUGAAGAUAUUGUACCUGCAGAGUAAUCUCAUUCCAAAAAUUGAAAAUGUUGGUAAGCUGAAGAAGUUAGAAUAUCUUAACCUGGCACUCAAUAAUGUGGAAAGAGUGGAAAAUCUGGAAGCUUGUGAAUCAUUAAAGAAACUUGACCUGACUGUGAACUUCGUUGGAGAAUUGACAAGCAUAGAAUGUUUAAAAGAUCUCUACCAGUUUGAAGAAUUGUAUCUGACUGGUAACCCCUGUACAGAUUAUGACGGCUACAGAGACUAUUGUAUAGCGGCACUUCCAAAGCUAAGAAGGCUAGAUGGCGUUGCUAUAGAGAAAUCGGAGAGAAUCAAGGCAGUUCAGGAAUACUCGCCCCUGAAAGAAAAGAUUAUUCUGCAGCAAGAGCAAUAUAAAAGAAAAAGGGAGAAAGAAAAAGAAGAAGCUAAUAAAAAGAAGGAGAAAGAAGUGACAGAAACGAAGCCUGGCUUUGAUGGCAGAUGGUACACCGAUAUAAACUCUGGGGACAAAAAAUCAACAGUUGAAAUUACGGAACUGACUGAGGAGGAUGAAGGAACCAAUGCUGAUGAAGAAGAUUCAAAGUUUUGGAAUGAAAAAUGUGCAUUUACGCCGGAAUCCAGGCUAGAGGUUCAUGAACAAAUACAGAAACAGAAAAAGCGAGAAGAAAAAGAUGACAAAGGACCACAAAAAAGAGAGCGGAAGUUGUUUACUGAUGAUGGCCGACCUCUUAAUGUUAACGAGGCUAAAAUGGAUUUCUCACUAACAGAAGAUGAAGAUGAAAACACAAUGAUGCUGGAUGUUCCUGUCUACAAACACCUCGACACUUCGCUCUUAGAUGUUGAUGUUCAGACGACCUAUGUCAAAGUUGUUAUAAAGGGAAAGAUUUUCCAACUCGUCCUGCCAGAAGAAGUGAAUCCUGAUAAAAGUAACGCUAAGAGGUCUCAGAUUACGGGCCAUCUUGUGAUCACCAUGCCCAAGGCCAAGGCUGUGAUAAAGGCACCAAAACCAAAGGAGUUGCUUAAAGAAAAUAAAGCUGAUGACAGAGGUGACAGACCCAGGAAAACUUGCGAGAGACUGGAGGUUGAUCCUAGCAAGGCUAAAAAGAUGGAUUAUGGAAAUAUUUAUACUGAUAAGAAGAUAGUUCCACCGCUAGGACACAGAGACAUCCGCAAACAACUUGAAGAGAGACCAAACAGUGAAGACUUUGUGGACGAUCCUGAUGUUCCACCGCUGUUUUGAGAUUUGAGGAAGACGAUGUGCGACUUGAAAUUUGGUGCCGGCACCAGCGUUGGUGUACAAAAGUGAACAGAAACACCACCAGUGUUAAAGGGUCCUUAUCCCUCCAUUCAAAUAUUCCACAGAAGUGCAUUUUGUGGAGCAGUAACUAUUUACCAACUACUUCAUGUUCCUUCAAUGAUAAGCCUAGCUGAGAACAAUGACCAUUGUUGUAAUGGUAAGGCAUAACAAGUCAUCCUAGCCAUUGCUCUGUGGCACAAAAAGACAUUACGUGGGAUUCGUGAUUUCCAUUUCUUCCCUUCAUCUUUUGAGGACAAAGUCACAACCAGAAUGCAGGGAUAUGUUUACUUUUACUACGGUGUUGUGUUUGUGUGGAGGAAACACCACUGGUGUGUUUGUACAACAAGAUAAACAUUCCAGACAUCCUUGGCCUUAUGUCCAGCUUCACAAGUGCCAAGUCGCAUCUUGGCGAGAUUAAUGUCCUUAGCAGAAUGUCUUACAAACUUUUCAACACAUUCAUAGCGCAUGCGUCCAGGCAAUUCCGUCCAGACCUGUCAUAAUCUUUUUGCUUUUUUUACACUGUCUGUAACAGAUGUACCAUUCCAUUUUAAUUAAAUAUCGAGAUGUUUUGUAAAAAGACGCUUCUAUUAGU